AUAUAGAUCUGUUCUGUAUUCUGUGUAAAGCGAGAUCAGAGUGUAUAAAAUAUCAGAAAAGGAGAAAAAUAUCGAAAGAAAUCGUAGUUUGAGGGAACAGAUUUUCCGCGCGUGAAUGAAAAGGGGAUGAAAAAACAGAGACAAAAUUAGAUUAGAUCCCGUAAUCCCGUUAGAAACGCCAGACGCCGAGGAAUCUCGCAACUCCCAUCGAUCCAGCCAUUCGCGUGCACGCCGCGCGCAAUGUCGCCGCCGGCGGCGAAUUUGACAUUAGGACUCGUUGCGUCAGCUGUAACAAGCGAGGCCGCUGCCGCCGCGCGAGCGAGAGUCGCGCGCGCUUCUUGCCGCGAUAACAGCCAGGAUGAUGGGGUUAGGCAACUUCCGAUGGCGACUCGUGAUCGUCCUCAUCAUCGGUCUACUGCUUUGGCAGACCUCGAAGAUUUGGUUGGCGUUCCUGGAAGGCGACGCUGCCGCCUCCGUGCAAGAAAUUCAGGCGGUGACACCGUUGAGCCAAAAGGACGAUCCGACUCGACAAAGAGUACACGUGGCCGUGUAUUACGAAGCACUAUGUCCGGAUUCGCGUAGUUUUGUUAUGAAACAAUUAGGACCAACGUAUCGGAGACUCUCGGCGGAUAUUGAAGUCGAGUUGGUACCGUACGGAAAGGCUGCGACGGAGAAGAAAAACGGCGGAUAUCAAUUCACAUGUCAACAUGGACCCAUCGAAUGCCAAGCGAACAUUAUACAUGCAUGUACCAUCGACGUUAUCAAAGACCCGUCGAUACAACUGCAAUUUAUCACUUGCAUGAUUGAAAAUAACAUAGACCCAGUAGGAAUAAUGAAUAAGUGCGCCGAACGCAUAUCCGUGGAUCUGGAGUCCAUUAAAAAGUGUUCAAACAAUGAAAAGGGCAAGGAACUCUUGGCUAACUACGGAAAAAUGACGAACUCGUUGGUGCCAGGAAUAUCUUUUAUACCGACAAUUACCCUCGAUAGGAGCUCGGAUUAUCAAGUGAGGAUAUUGAAAAAUCUUCUGAAGGAGGUGUGCCUGCAUUUUAAAAUUACACCAAAAGAGUGCUUAUCGUGAGAGAGUACGAAUAGGCAAAACAUAGCAAAACAUAUCCGCGUAAUCAUCGAAUUUUGUUAUCGUAUUACAUGAAAAAUUUUAAAGUAUAAAUGAGAAAUAUAAUAUUUUUGAAAGAAAGUUGUUGUCUCUUGUUGAAAGAACCCGACUCUCGACAAGUUUAAUAUCGCGAGAUGAACUAUUUUACAUACACAUUAUACGUGAAAAUUAAUAAAUUAAAUGAAAAUAAAUUUUUUCUCGCAACAUAAGAAGAGAUUUCAUAGAACGCGCACGUGUUUUCUGUGUAUUAUAAAAAAAUACUCUAUUGUGCCGUUUCAUUCGCGUCGUACUCUACAUAUCAGGCUGUUAUCGUUUAUUAUUAGGGAGAUAAAAUCGCUUGUAUUAUAGAUAAACACCAGUUUGCUCCCAUAUAAGUAUAUAGGAACAAUUUAUUAACUUAAUAUCAACACUUUAUACAAACUGUGCCGCUUUAUUAUGUACGACAAGAAGUGAAGAACGCCUUUGAGAUAUACGGCAGAGAAUAUACUUACAUACAAUAGAAACAAUGUUUGAAUUGGAAUCUGAAGAAAUCAAGCUUAUUAAAAAUCGAAUAACUAAUCUCGUUAAAAGUAACAAAAAAGGAAGAAAAAUAAAAAAAAAGAACACUGAGCCUGCGCUCGAAAUGAUUAGAUAAGAAAAAAAGUUGUUUAUAUUUUGCAAACGUAUAACGUUCUCUCCUUGUUCAUAUAUCGCAAUAAACUUGUUCGUUUUAAGAAUUACAAUUAGCAUAUAACCGAACGAAGAUUUACUUCGUCGGGUCGACUUUAUACGUUCGUAUAUGUACACAUCGAAAUAAAUACAACGGUCGAUAGAAGCAGGAUGUGUCUUGGUACCUCCGCAAAUACGGUAUAAACGAUUCUUUUUCUU